UUUUCGAGGCGGCACAUGACUGUUCUCAUCGACAAACCAGAGCUAUCUUUCCGGUGUGGGAGGCGGUGCGAGGUCACGCCAUGGUGUGAGAAGGGACGCAGCUGCCGGCGACAGCGGCCCUUUAUCAGCUGGAGGAGGUCGCCGCUCGGCCUCAGAGCGGAGCCUCACGUCUUACAGUCAGAGACCUGUCAGUAUCUCGCCAAGAUGCUGUACCAGCUGCUGGCUGUCACGCUGUGCGCCGGCCUGGCCUCGGCUGGCUGUCCGACCAACGUCGAGUGGCAGGAGUUCGACGGCUUCUGCUACUGGCGCUCCACCUACGCCACCUCGUGGCAGCAGGCCGUCACCGCCUGUUCCACAGUCGGCACCGGAGCCAAGCUCGCCUCCAUUCACUCUCUGCUCGAGAACGCCUUUAUUAUGCAGACCUACGAUUUCGCUGACUCCUGGAUUGGCUUUAACGACAUCGAGACGGAGGGUCAGUUCCGGUGGUCAGACGGCUCGGAGGUGGACUUCACCAACUGGGCUCGCCAGCAGCCCGACAACCAGUUCGGCCAGGACUGCACGCGCGUUCCCCACCCCGACAACCCGCACGCAGCGGAGUGGGACGACUCAGAAUGCGAAGACGAGCACUUCUUCAUCUGCAAGAUGCCCGCUACUGCCUAAACAGUUCCUGCGCCCGACGCUCGCCAGCAGCGUAAUAAUGACCAAGCAACUAGAACCAUGUUAUCCAGCGUGGUGGGAGAGCACCUCAUAGCUGGGAUGCCAAGUAACUAAAUAGUGACAUUAUGCACAUUUACAUGAAUUUUUAUCAAAUAAACGAGCCGAAUUUCGGUUAGAUACUUAA